AUGGCUGCCGCGCUCGCCGAGUCGAUCAACGAGAAACAUGCCACUUUCGAGGGAAAGAAGCCGAAGGCCAUUGACAUGUCUCAUCACCUGAGCUUGUUGGCAAAGAGCAGGAGGAACUCUCCGUUGAAGAGUAUUUGGCCGUAUAUGUUCAUUCCUGGGAUGAUCGGAUUGGCCGGUGGAUUGCCGCACCCGGAUUACUUCCCAUACGACCAGUUCUCGGCACAGGUGCAGUCGUCGCAUCACUAUACGGAAGCCGCGAUCCCCACGAAGGCUUCGAACCCAUUGCUGUCGUUCUUCCGUAACACGCAGAAGGCUGAUUCGACAGCAGACAGCGAUAUCACCAUCCCCAAAUACUCCAACGGCAAAUCCCCCAUCCAACUCGCUACCGCCCUGCAGUAUGGCCAAGCCCAAGGUCUCGACUACCUCCUCAAAUUCGUCAAAGAUUUCACCGCGAGAGUAUACAAACCCGCUUACGAAGACUGGGAUGUCAUCAUGUGCUGCGGAUCAACAGACGCCCUCAACAAAAUCCUCAUGAUGGUCUGCGAACGCGGUGACAACUUCCUCUGCGAGGAAUUCACCUACCCAACCGCGAUCGAGACUGGGUUCCCUAUGGGUAUCUCACCCGUGCCGGUCAAGAUGGACGGCGAGGGAAUCAUCGCGACUAGCCUCGAGGAUGUCCUGAGGAACUGGGACGACGCCCGCGGACCACGUCCUCGUGUUCUCUACACCGUCCCCGUCGGCCAAAACCCUACCGGCUCAACCAUCGGCCGUAAACGCCGUCAAGAAGUCAUGGAGGUGUGUGACAAAUACGACGUCCUGAUAAUCGAAGAUGACCCAUACUACUUCCUCCAAAUGCCGCAAUGGCAGGCCUCCGACUCCCUCAGCCCCACCACCACCACCGCCGCCGCCGAUGAUUCCUGGAUUGACACCCUCUCCCCCUCCUACCUCCAAUUCGACACCCAAGGCCGCGUCCUCCGCAUCGACUCCUUCUCCAAAGUCAUCGCACCCGGUUCCCGCUGCGGCUGGAUCACCUCCUCCCCACUCUUCGUUGAACGCCUCCUCCGUGCCUCAGAAGUCAGCACGCAACAACCCUCCGGCUUCGCACAAGUUCUUAUUGGGAAGCUGCUCGUUGAGGAAUGGGGACAGCAGGGGUGGAUUGAAUGGUUGAAGGGGAUUAGGAGGGAGUACACGAAGAGACGUGAUCAGGCGUGUCAGGCUCUCGAAGAAGAGUUCAGGCCGAAGGAGGUAUUGAGGGUUGGCGAGGGUGAGGAGGAGUUUGGGUAUACGAGUGUGUGGAGGGAGAGGGAGGAUCCUCUUGUGACAUUCGUGCCGCCUGUUGGUGGGAUGUUUGUGUGGUGCAAGGUUGAUAUCGCACGUCACCCUCAAUUUGAAUCUUCUAUCAUCGAUGAGAAGACUGGUGAGUUGUGGCAGAAGUUGAUUGAUGCCAAGGUCCUUCUCGUACCCGGCAAGUUCUUUGCGGCUGAUGAGAGCGUUUUGAAGGAGAGGGGUGGCGCUGGAUACUUCAGGUUGGCAUUCUCAAGUUCCAGCGAGGAGGACAUGAAGGAGGCCGUCAAGAGGUUUGGGAAGGUCGUUCGCGAGUUCUUUAUUGAGAACUGA